CUUCACAGUCGCCAUGAACCUUUCCGCGUCCUUCCAGCUUCUCAGAUCCUGCACCAGGGCCUCUUCUUCAAGGGCUUUGGCUCGUCCAACUCUUGCUUCUCUCCCUUCACGACGUUAUUAUUCAGACGACAAGGCCUCAGAAUCAAAGCCAGCAGACAAGGAGCCUGCUAAGGAUGAAAAGGCCCUCUGCGAAGAGAAGCUCCAGGCCAAAGAAAGCGAAGUGGCAGACUUGAAGUCGCGCCUCCAGUACCUUCAGGCCGACUUCAUCAACCUCCAACGGAACGCGGCCAAGGAAAAGGACCAGCAACGCGACUAUGCCAUUACAAAGUUCGCAGCAGACCUCCUUGAGACAGUCGACGUCCUGGCUAUUGCCAUCAAGUCCGUUCCUGCCUCUGCGCUGUCAGGUGUCGCAGAGACCCCGCCGCCAGCCGGGACCAAGUCUCAUGCUAGCCACCUCAAGGAUCUCCACACUGGUGUUGAGAUGACCCACCGCAUGCUCCUCCAGACCAUGGCCAAGUACCAUGUCAAGCCCUUCGACCCAACAGGCGAGCCUUUCGACCCCAACCUUCACGAAGCUCUCUACCAGGCACCCGUUCCCGGCAAGACCCCCGGAACCGUCAUCGACACCCAAAAGAUUGGGUACAUGAUCAAGGACCGCGUCCUUCGCGCUGCACAAGUCGGUGUUGCACAGGAUACCUCAUAAUACUCACCAGGCUGCUCUCGUCUGCCUUGGGAUUUGACACGACGGACAUGACACGCUCUCUACACAUAUUAUUUAGCAAAAAUUAUAUUAGAUUUAGUUAUAAUAUAGCACCACAACUCUAGGGAUAUAGCGAAUACAGAGAACUAUCGAAUCUCGACUUC